AUGACGGAAGAAAGAUUAGUGACGGAGGUGCCCAGCAGCUUGAAGCAGCUUGCCAGGCUGGUCGUACGAGGAUUUUAUACAAUUGAAGAUGCCCUUAUUGUGGAUAUGCUCGUUAGAAACCCCUGCAUGAAAGAAGACGACAUUUGCGAGCUUUUAAAAUUUGAACGGAAGAUGUUAAGGGCGAGAAUCGCCACAUUAAAAAAUGACAAAUUUAUUCAAGUCAGAUUAAAAAUGGAAACAGGUCUCGACGGAAAAGCACAAAAGGUCAACUACUAUUUUAUAAAUUACAAAACCUUCGUAAACGUCGUUAAGUACAAAUUAGAUUUGAUGCGCAAACGCAUGGAAACUGAAGAAAGGGACGCCACUAGUCGAGCAAGCUUUAAAUGCCCCUCGUGCGGGAAAACUUUCACGGACCUUGAGGCAGAUCAGUUAUACGAUAUGAUGACGCAAGAAUUUCGGUGCACGUUUUGCAGCCAAGUAGUUGAGGAAGAUCAAUCGGCACUUCCUAAAAAGGAUUCCAGAUUACUUUUGGCUAAAUUUAAUGAGCAAUUGGAAACUCUUUAUAUAUUACUUAGGGAAGUGGAAGGCAUCAAAUUGUCUCCAGAAAUAUUAGAACCGGAACCGGUGGAUAUUAAUACUAUUAGAGGAUUGACGAUGAAGCAACCGCCAAAUCGCGGAACGGGCGAGCAGUGGUCGGGCGACGCGACGCGCCACCAAGGGCUGGCGGUGGAGGAGACGCGCGUCGACGUCACCAUCGGGGAGAGCGACGCCGCCGACCCCGCGCAGCGCAAGGAACGCCCCGUCUGGAUGGUGGAGAGCACCGUCCUCGCCAACGACCAGGUAUAUAUUGACAGGAUGGUUGAGAGCACCGUCCUCGCCAACGACCAAGUACAUAUUGUCAGGAUAGUGGAGAGCACCGUCCGCGCCAACGACCAGGUAUAUAUUGACGGGAUGGUGGAGAGCACCGUCCUCGCCAACGACCAGAUACAUAUUGACAGGAUAGUGGAGAGCACCGUCCGCGACAACGACCAGGUAUAUAUUGACGAGAUGGUGGAGAGCACCGUCCUCGCCAACGACCAGGUACAUAUUGACGGGAUGGUGGAGAGCACCGUCCGCACAGACGACCAGGUAUAUAUUGACGGGAUGGUGGAGAACACCGUCCUCGCCAACGACCAGGUACAUAUUGACAGGAUGGUGGAGAGCACCGUCCGCGCCAACGACCAGGUAUAUAUUGACGGGAUGGUGGAGAGCACCGUCCUCGCCAACGACCAGAUCAUAUUGACGGGAUGGUGGAGAGCACCCUCCGCGCCAACGACCGGGUACAUAUUGACGGGAUGGUGGAGAGCACCGUCCUCGCCAACGACCAGGUAUAUAUUGACAGGAUGGUUGAGAGCACCGUCCUCGCCAACGACCAAGUACAUAUUGUCGGGAUGGUGGAGAGUUGUGUGA